CUGAAAUGAACAAACCGAAGUGGAGGAUGAGGAUGAGGAGUAGAGUUCUCAGCGAAUACGAUAGUUACUCGAAGAGAAAUCAAUAGCAGUCAAACCGAUUGACGUUAGCACUGGUCUGGUCAUCUAUUCACAGAAUGUAUGCUAAUUUAAGUGAUCAUUCGACCAAUCACCAAGUCCUUGAAUGUCUCACGAGAAGCGGAAUUUCACUAUCACAGACUAUAUCUCACGAAAUGCUGAGUACCACUGACACUUUUACACAAAUCCAUGUAGAUACAGACAUGGAAAAAGAAAAUUUCAAGGAUUUACAAGGUGUGUUGUGGUCGUUGGUUGGUGUUUCAGUCAGCUUGUAUGUUAACACAAGUGAAAACGGGAUUCAGUGUCUGUAUUAUCGCCAUAAAGCCUCCCUUACUCACCCCCUUCCAGUUAACUAUCGUAACACUUAAUUCCUAUCCAUGCCAAUUCUCACAACCAUCUGACAUUUACGAUGAUAUUGCGUAUGAAUCAAUGAGACUGCCUUAGGAGUGUUAUUGAGUGUUAGAGUGCUCAUUUCCAUACGAUAGACCACUGGCUUCAAACUUGGCGUCCUCAUUGGAAG